AUGUAUUCCUCUAGUUGCAAACUUACGUAUGAGACUAUGACAAAAUAUAUCAUUCUUAACAAUCUCGGUGAAGGUUCAUAUGCCAAAGUAUUUAAAUGUGAAAAAAUUGCCGAUGGAUCAAUUUGGGCUUGCAAACAACUUUUUAAAACAUUCGAGAGUAUGGAUGACAUUGAACGAAUACCAGAAAUUCAAGUAUUUAAAAAAUUAAAUGAACAUGCGAAUAUAAUUAAACUUCAUGAAAUAAUUUAUAAUAAUCGAAUAUGUUCAUUAUGUUUAAUAUUCGAGUGGAUGGAUAUGGAUCUUUAUAUCUAUAUAAAAGAUCGAAAAUCUCCACUACCAAAGAUUAUUGUUGCUAAAUGUAUCUAUUCGAUCUUAAUAGCACUUGAAUAUAUUCAUAGACACGGAUUUAUUCAUCGAGAUGUCAAACCUGAAAAUAUUCUUGUCAAAGGAGAACAUUUUAAAUUAGCAGAUUUUGGAAUGUGCCGAUCAGUAUCUAAUAAGAGACCUUUGACAGAUUAUGUUGCAACUCGUUGGUAUCGUGCACCCGAAUGUAUUUUAACUGAAGGAUACUAUGGACAACCAAUGGAUAUCUGGUCAAUGGGAUGUGUCAUGUUCGAAAUAAUUACAUUAAAACCACUAUUUGUGAGUACGAAUGAUAUUGAUCUAAUCAAUAAAAUUCAUUCAGUAUUUGGAACACCUUCAAUGAAAAUACUGAAAAGAUUCGAGCAACAUAAAAACCGAUCGAUUAAUUUUAAUUUUCAAACUCAGCAAGGUAUUGGUUUAAUUCAAGAUUUAGCAUUUUGUUCAUUAGAUACAGUUGAUCUUCUUAUUCAAAUGUUAUUCUAUGAUGAUGAAUAUCGUAUAACAGCAUCAAAUGCUUUAAUACAUUCAUAUUUUGAUCAUAUUAAAAAGGAUUUUUCAAAAAAUCCUUCUCAAAAAAAGAAAAUAUUUUCCAAAAAUCCCAUUGAAAAUCAUGAAGAUUCUAUUCUAAUUAAAAAUGAAAUAGCAAUUAUUGAAACAAAUUUUGAUAAAUUUAUUACAAAACAAUUAUCAACUAUAAAAGAAGAAUUAUCUUCGUCUAGUUUAUCAAAAUCAAAUACAGAUUUAUUAUUAGAAUUAUCGAUUUACUUUAAUCAAAUUGAACAAUUAUUGAUAUUGAUUCAUACAAUUGAUAUAUUUAAAUUAAUAAAUUUCCUUAAUAUAGAUUCUAUUUCUAAUCUACGACAAAUUUUUCAAUUCGUUUCAAUUUUAAUGAAAAAACUUCAUCUUAUUCUGGAAUCAAUCUUACUCGAUUUGAACACAAAUUUGAAAAUAAUAUUAAAAAUUUCGACUUGGAAAAUAAAAUCUCAAUUACUUAUAAAAUUCUUAAAAUAUUUAAAAAGAAAUGGAUUUCAGUGUUUAACAUUUAUUAAUCAAUUGAAAAACAAAUUUUAUUAUUUAAAAAAACAAAUCAGACAAAUAAUAUCGAAUUUAAGAAAUCGUUUAUCAUUAGAAAAUAUCAAAAGAAAUCGAUUUAUGAUGAAAAAUGCUUUUAAAUAUUUAUCACCUGUUGUUAUUUAUAUGUUUAUUAAAAUUAUUGAAAUCUUCGUUCUUAAUAAUAAAAUUUUAUUUGUUACAAAUGAAAAAUUAAACAAAACAAAUAUGAAAUUUAUUUAUCCAAAAUCUGAAGCUGAAAAAAUUAUUGAAUUCCUAUUAGUAAUUGAAGAUCAAACAGAGAAAAUCAUUUCACUAUUUUCUAUCAUUGAAUUCGACUUUAAACUUCACUUAUAUUCUAAAAUUGAUAUAUUAAUUGAACAAAUAGAAAUAAUUGAUUCAAAUACGAUAACAAUCUUAGAACAAAAAUUCUUCAUGGAACUUCUUAAACUGAAAUUAAAUUAUAUCCAUGAUAAAUUAUCUAUUGUUUGCAUUAUGUUUUCUAUUUAUAUUGAUAUUUCAGACAAGUCUAUUAUUGAUAAAUCUAAUAAUAUUCAAUCAAUAGAAUCAGAUGGUAAACAAAAAAUUGAAAACAAUAAUUUAGUCAAUCAAUAUUCAAUCGAAAUGAAUAUUAUUCGAACACAAAUUACACAAUUAAUACAACAAGAGAAAAUGAAAUAUUUGACUAUCUAUAAGAAAAGACAAGAUGAAUUUAAUCAAAUUUUAAAUGAUUUUUAA